ACAUUUUACAUCACAUAUAACCACACCACUCGAUUACAGUUUUUCGUCGUACGUCCACUUUCGGUUUUUUCUUCCAUUUUCUUCCUCAUAAAAUCCACACCCAAUUAUCAUAUCAAACACUCCAUCAAUCUCGGAUUCCUUCUUCUUUCUUUCUUUCUUUCUUUCUUAUGGAUUCUCAUCAAUUCCUCUCCUUCUUCACUCCCACUUCCGACCCACUUCGCCGGAAUCCCCACCCUCGCUCUCUUUUCCGGUCAUUUCUUUGGAUUUCGGCUCUCUGACUUGCCUCUCUUCUGAGAAAUCCAAGAAAUUGAUUCUUUAAAAGGAAGAACCAAAGUUUGGGAUCAGUGGGGUUGUGAAAAUUGGAAUUGUUGAACUGAUGGGGCAUUUCUCCACCAUGUUCAAUGGGCUCGCAAGGUCAUUUUCGUUCAAGAAAGGUAGAAAUUCCGGAAGUCUCGAUGACGGGGGAGGGCGAGAAUCUGCAAAAGCCAUGUUAAAGGAUGCCAAAAGGAAAGACUCGAUAUUAUGCACCUCCGGUGUCCUCAAUUCAGAAGGUUCGGAUACUUUUGCUUCAGUGUUUUCAAAGAAAGGCGAAAAAGGAGUAAACCAAGACUGCUGCAUUGUAUGGGAGGAAUUUGGUUGCCAAGAAGACAUGAUAUUCUGUGGGAUUUUCGAUGGGCAUGGACCAUGGGGUCAUUUUGUUGCUAAGACGGUAAGAGAAUCAUUGCCACCUUCUUUGCUGUGCCAUUGGCAGCAAGGACUUGCUCAAGCUUUUCUUGACCCAGAAUUGGAUUUAGAAAAGAAGCAUCAACGAUAUGAUAUAUGGAAGCAUUCUUAUUUAAGAACUUGUGCUGCCAUCGAUCGCGAACUCGAGCAGCACCGUAAAAUCGAUACAUUUUACAGUGGAACAACUGCCCUGUCCAUUGUUAAACAGGGCGAACUAGUCGUUUUGGCCAAUGUAGGUGACUCCCGAGCAGUUUUAGCUACUACUUCAGAUGAUGGAAGUGUAGUAGCGGUUCAGCUCACAGUUGAUUUCAAACCAAACCUACCUCAGGAGGCCGAACGGAUAAUUCAAUGCAAUGGGAGGGUGUUUUGUUUAAGUGACGAGCCAGGAGUUCAUAGAGUUUGGCUUCCAAACGAGGAAUCACCAGGAUUGGCGAUGUCGAGAGCCUUUGGUGAUUAUUGUAUUAAAGACUUUGGACUCAUUUCUGUGCCAGAAGUGACACAUAGAAGUAUAACAAGCAGAGACCAAUUCAUUAUAUUGGCCACUGAUGGGGUAUGGGAUGUUGUCACCAACCAAGAAGCAGUGGAAAUUGUAUCGUCGACACCAGAUAGAGCAAAAGCGUCAAAACGUCUGGUCGAGUGUGCAGUUCGGGCAUGGAAGCGGAAGAGACGAGGCAUUGCAAUGGAUGAUAUCUCAGCUAUUUGCCUCUUCUUCCACUCCUCAUCAGAGCAAGAACAUCACCUUGUAUCCCCACUAUAGGAGAAAAGAACCAAUAAGCAAAACAUAUUGUUGCUCUCCUUAUUCCAAUUGUAAUAUCAUCAUUUUUAAUAGUUCAUUAGAAAAUGUCCAAUUUUUCUCUUUUUUGUUG